AUGGCAGAAGAAGAGUUGCCGGGCGUUUUGAUUCUGGAUAUCGGAGGAACUCAUGGUGUGCUAGAAAACCUUGCAGCGCUUUUGAAGAAACAUUUUCACCUUAUCACCAUGAGGGAAUUUCUUGAAAACAAAAAAGAAUUGAAAAAAAAAAUCCAAUCUGUUUUCGUGUUUGAGUGCAGACCAACUAUUGACCGGGAGCUUCUAGAAAGCCUGCCUAAUUUAAAAGUAAUUGGAAACUCUGGGGUUGGUGUCGAUCACUUAGACUUGAAAAUGAUUUCUAAGUUUGGUGUAAAAGUGACCAACACCCCACGUGCCGUGGCGGACCCAACAGCAGACAUAGGAAUGGCCUUGAUGCUGGCCUCUGCCAGAAGACUGGUGGAAGGCUGCCAGAUUGCGGUUUCUCCAGAGACAAAGCAUUUUGCUGUUGACUGGCUGGGAGUGGAACUAACCGGAGCGACGCUUGGGAUCAUCGGGAUGGGCAGCAUUGGGUACAAAGUGGCUCGGAGAGCCACAGCCUUCGACAUGAGGAUCCUGUACCAUAACAGGAACCGGAGAAGAAAGGAGGAGGAAGAGGCAGUUGGUGCCCACUACUGUGAGAAGAUGGAAGACUUGCUGCAGCAAUCUGACUUUGUUAUGCUGGUUGUGAACCUGACUCCUGAGACUCACAAACUAAUUGGGAAAAAAGAGCUGGAGCUGAUGAAACCCACAGCUACUCUUAUAAACAUCAGCCGAGGUGCAGUUAUUGAUCAAGAUGCAUUGGUAGAAGCUCUCCAGAAUAAAGUUAUUAGGGCUGCCGCUCUGGACGUGACAUACCCUGAGCCUCUGCCAAGAGAUCAUCCUUUAUUAAAAUUAAACAACAUCAUCAUAACCCCUCACAUUGGAACCGCAACAGUCCAGGCUCUCCAUAUGAUGGCAGAAGAAGCAAUAGCAAAUAUGCUGGCUGUUCUCAAUGGCCAACCCAUUCCAAGUGAAGUGUUUCCCAAAUGAUGUGUGCCAGAUUUUAUCAUUAAAUCUCAUAUGUAGGGGAGGGCAGUAUUUCUUACAGUACAACUUUUAAACUAAAA